AUGAAUUUCUUCAGCGGUAUUAUUGUCUCGUUCAAGCAAGAUAGUCUGUGGUCAUGGUUUAUUUGUGGGCUCACAACUUUGUGCGUGAUUCUGACAAUUGGAUUUAGCAGUGCUCUUGGCGUUCUUUUUCCCGUUUUCAUGAACUCUUUCAGAGAAAAUCGUGAAAGUACAGGUCAGUUUAUGUAAUACUGAACAGGUGUAACAAUAAGGGCUGUUUGUGAUCUUUCGUAAAGUUUAAGCUCGAUCAAACUGACAGUUAUUGAAUAAGAAUGUAUUUUUGGACCUGAGACAAAAGCAAAACUCUGGACAGGGCUGCUAAAACAGCAAAAAACGAAGAACGAAAGUACUCUCCGUCUAACAACAUAAUGUAGUCCACUGGACGAAUAUUUUGCAUUAUUAACCGUUGGAGCGAGUUAUAUCUAACCAGUGAACGAGUGAUACUGACCUGGCUUCCACAUUCAAACAAUUUACGCGUCAAGAUUAAUUGGUCCAUCUCCAAUGGACAAAUAUGCAACUGUUUGAGAGUAGCAAAACCCCAAUCGCCUUGUGCACGACUGAACAAAAAAAGUCAGCAUAAUCAGCAAUCAUGAUGGGGUUCCAAAAAGAUUGGAAACCUGGCUUUUGAUCCUACUUGACUCGUCACUUAAUAAUGCAAAUACAUAUCACACAUUCAAAAUUGCAUGAUAACAGUAGAACCUGGAUUUUAAUGGGAGAUUACUGUAUAGAGACAUGUGCGUGUUACAUCAAAGCAAUAGCGCCGUCAGUCUCCGGCUGUUGCGUCUCGCGCGAAAGAAAUCUCAGACGAAAUCAGUGAUAACUAUAUCAUCAGUGUAACUAUAAUUUUUUUUUAUUUUGCAGCGUGGGUAGCAUCGAUCAUACAUGGCUUAACUUUGAUUCUCGGUCCUGUAAUGGGAGCCUUCCUUAACAAAUUUGGCUUUCGAGUUACUACAAUACUGGGCUGCCUGUUAUGUUCUCUUGGCGUCACAUUGGGCUCCUUUGUUUCCACUAUUUAUAUGCUAUACGUUACCUUCAGCAUACCUUUUGCUAUGGGUCAGUCGCUGAUCUUCGUUUCGGAAGCAAUUAUAGUGAACAAUUACUUUGAUAAAAGAAAAUCCUUUGCUCUCGGACUAGUAACGUCAGGAACAGGAUUAGGAACGAUGAUUCUUAGUCCUUCUCUUCAGGCAGCAGUUGACGUUCUAGAGUGGAGGAACACCUUUCGGGUGUUUGGUGGUCUUUUGGCUGUUUCAUCCCUGACUGGAGUUAUUCUUCAUCAGAGUCCAUCAUCGCAGGAAAGAAACAUGAAUCGUUCCUCAAAAAAAUGGAGCUGGAAUCUAUCGUUAUUUAAGAAUUCGACCCUCCUGGUACUGGUAACAACAGGAGCAGCCCUCAUGUUCUCUCGCCUGGUCCCAUAUGUGCAUCUCGUGAGUAUCUAGUUGACCAUUCUUUUAAGACUUAAAAGUCACUAUUUCUUAAGUUCCUAAGUCGUCUUAAUUUACGCCGACUUUUGAACGAAAUUUCUAGCAUAGGGCUGGAGAUGAACUGUUCGUCUUCGUCUGAUUUCUGAUUAUUCAGUGUACAACUCGGAUUAACCUUUUGAUUAUCAUUGAUUUCCAUAGUCUAACUUACAUUUGCUGGCAUUUUCAGAUGAAGCAUUGUGAUGACCUUGGUAUUUUGGCCGACAAGAGCUCGACAAUUUACAUGGUUAUCGGCAUAUUUGCCUCUCUUGGCCGCAUCGGAGGAGGAUUCCUGUGCGACUUGAAGUUCGUAAACAGCCGCCUUCUGCUUCAGGCAGCUAUUUUCAUUAUGGCAGCUUCCACUAUACUUCUGACCCUGGCGAAGACUUACUUUGGUGUAUUCACUUAUGCCAUCUUUUUCAGUUCAGCGGAUGGAUUGAUGAUUACUUCAAUGAUAGUUGAAACCCUAAAAGCCGUAAAGGAAAAUGAAAAGGCUUCCGCCGUUGGAUUACUAAUGCUGUUUUCCGGAAUUUCUGCCUUGAUCGGUCCACCUUUGUCGGGUAGGGGACCAAUUUUGUCUUUCCACUUUUAUACUCCACCCCCCCUCCGGGGGACUGAGAAUAUACCCCCCUCUCUUUACAAGCUAUAUACGGGGUAAUUAUGAGAUUUGCUCCUAUGGCGACUCCCACCCACUCCGGAAAAGUCAUAAGUAAUAAUAAUAAUAGAGAGACGACGACUAUGAGACGACGCUGUUGUUGGAGCAUGCAUUUUAACAGCGUUGAAAGAUUCUCCCCUUUGGCUCUCAUACCCAUGACAAAAAUUUUGGAACCAUCAAAUUGUACAUCCUUUGGCUACCUAAUCCUAAUAAAGAGUCUUUUAAAAAUAUCAAUAACAAUUGAAGUGAGUCAAACAGGCAGAUAGGUCAUUAGAGAGAAAAACGUGAAAUUCUGAUGUUUGAAGGACUUCAAAAUAGACAGACAAAUGAAUUAACGGGGUAAGUUUCGAAAGAAACUGUGGUGCUGCGUCAGUGGGAGAGUAUAGCAGGGUAAUUUAGUAUUAUCAACUAAGUUGAUAACGUAAAUUGGCCACCGUAGAAAGUUUCAAAGCUGACGUUUCGAGCGUUUCGAAACGUCAGCUUUAAAACUCUUUAUGGUGACCAAUUUACGUUAUCAACUCAGUUGAUAAAACCAAAUUACCUAGACAGACAAAAGACACCUUAUAUGCCUGCCAUUUUGUUUUUUGAGACAUUUUGUUGUUAUCUUUCUUAUCAGGUCUAAUGGCUGACACAUUCGGUAACUACAUCGUUGCGUUCAUUGUAGCUGGUGGAGUUGGAGUGGUUGGGUCUCUCCUUCCAUUUAUUCUCCUUUGUUUGAAACGUGAAGCAGGGAGAGAUGAACAAAACACACAGGAAGAUGCCUGA